AUGUCCUCCAAUCAUCCAUAUGCAAAAGAAUUAGAAAUUGCAACAUUAGCAGUUAAAAGAGCUUCAUUAUUAACUAAAGGAUUAAGUGAUUCAAUUCAAAGCUUACAAAAGUCAGGUAAUACAAUCACCAAGGAUGAUAAAUCUCCAGUCACAGUUGGUGAUUUUGCAUCUCAAGCAAUUGUCAAUUAUGCAAUUGGUCGCAAUUUCCCUGAAGAUGAAAUUGUAGGUGAAGAAGAUUCUGAAAGUCUUCAAGCUGAAGAUGGAGCCGAAAUCAGUUCUAAGAUCUUACAACUAAUCAAAGAUGUUCAAUCGGAAACUUCUUCAUAUAAUGGCAAAUUAGGACAAUUGGAAGAUAUCAAUCAAGUAUAUGAAAGUAUCGAUAAGGGGAAUUCUCAAGGUGGAUCCAAGGGAAGAUUCUGGGCAUUGGAUCCAAUUGAUGGUACAAAAGGAUUCCUUAGAGGUGAUCAAUUUGCUGUUUGUUUAGCCCUUAUUGAAGAUGGAAAAGUUGUAUUGGGUGUCAUUGGAUGUCCUAAUUUAUCAGAAACAAUCAUCGCCAAUGAUAAACAUUCUGGAAUCGUGGGAGGAUUAUAUUCUGCUAUUAAAGGUGUUGGAGCUUAUUAUACUCCAUUAUUCACUUCGCAAGAAUUUAUCCCAUUGGAUAAACAAAAACGUAUAUCAAUGACUGACAACACCACUCCUGAGACAUUAAAGGUUGUAGAGGGAGUCGAAAAGGGUCAUUCAUCUCAUUCAACACAAGCUCAAAUUAAAGAAAAAUUAGGAUUUAAUCCAAAUACAGUCUCCCAACAAACACUUAAUUUAGAUUCACAAGUUAAGUAUUGUGUAUUGGCAAGUGGUCAAGCUGAUAUUUAUUUAAGAUUACCCGUUAGUGAUACAUAUCGUGAAAAAAUCUGGGAUCAUGCUGCUGGAAAUGUAUUGAUUUAUGAAAGUGGUGGACAGGUUGGUGAUAUUACUGGGAAGCCGCUUGAUUUUGGUACGGGAAGAACCUUAAAUUCAAAAGGUGUUAUUGCUGGGAAUAAACAAAUAUUUGAUAAAGUUAUAAAUGCAGUUCAACAAGUUUUAAAUUAA